UGCUCAGUUCUGUCCCACCCUUUUUCUGCUCUCAAGGUGUGCUGAUCCAACCACAAGUGCAGUUGCUCUUUGCCUGGGCUAAAAAAGCCACUGCAGAGAAUUUUGGAGAGUAAUUUGGGUUGUGAGGGGUCUCUGAUGGCAUCCAGUAGGAAGUCACUCACUCCCUGGUUAAGGGAGGAUGAGGAUCAAGACAUGUCUCAAGCUGUGCAGACCAACGGGACGCAACCUUUAAGCAAAACAUGGGAGCUGAGUUUGUAUGAACUGCAAAGGACACCUCAGGAAGCAAUCACUGAUGGCUUGGAAAUAGUGGUAUCACCCCGAAGCCUCCACAGUGAGCUGAUGUGUCCCAUCUGCCUGGACAUGUUAAAAAACACCAUGACAACAAAAGAAUGUUUGCACCGCUUCUGCGCCGACUGCAUCAUCACAGCCCUCAGGAGCGGCAACAAAGAAUGUCCCACGUGUCGCAAGAAGCUCGUUUCAAAGAGGUCCCUGAGGCCAGAUCCCAACUUUGACGCUCUCAUCAGCAAAAUCUAUCCGAGCAGGGAUGAAUACGAAGCUCAUCAGGAGAGAGUGCUGGCAAGAAUCAGCAAGCACAACAACCAGCAAGCUUUAAGCCACAGCAUUGAGGAAGGAUUAAAGAUCCAGGCCAUGAACAGGCUACAGAGGGGCAAGAAACAGCAGAUUGAGAAUGGCAGUGGAGCAGAGGACAACGGUGAUAGCUCCCACUGCAGCAACGCCUCAACACACAGCAACCAGGAAGCAGGGCCCAGUAACAAGAGGACCAAAACAUCAGAUGAUUCUGGGCUGGAACUGGACAAUAACAACACAGCUGUGGCAAUAGACCCUGUCAUGGAUGGUGCUAGUGAAAUAGAACUGGUCUUCAGGCCUCACCCGACCCUCAUGGAGAAUGACGACAGUGCACAGACAAGAUACAUCAAGACCUCAGGCAAUGCCACUGUUGAUCACCUGUCCAAGUACCUAGCUGUGAGACUGGCUUUGGAGGAGCUUCGUAGCAAAGGAGAGUCAAACCAGAUGAACCUUGACACGGCCAGCGAGAAGCAGUACACCAUCUACAUUGCUACUGCCAACGGGCAGUUCACUGUACUAAAUGGGUCCUUCUCCUUGGAACUAGUCAGUGAGAAGUACUGGAAAGUCAACAAACCCAUGGAACUGUACUAUGCACCCACAAAGGAACAUAAAUAAGCUGUGCUGGAAAACCUGAGCUGGGACUAACUCUUUUUAUAGCUAUGACUUCUUUAAUAUUAAUGAAGGCACCACCAUUAUUAUCUUCAUGGACACUACAGGUGGUGCCUUCAGGCUCUCUCAGUAUACUUAUUAAUAUUAGCCAGUAUUCUGGGUUGUAUUUAAUUUAGUCUGGUUUGGGUUUUUGGCUUUUCCCUAGGAGACUAAAUGACCUUUUCCAGUGCAUUCCAAUGUUUGACAUGCUUUUUUGUUCCUGAUGCAUGAUAACUGAACAAGUGUUCCACUUUGGAAUGUCUUAAUUUCAUCCAGGUACCUCUGGAUUCCUGAUACAUUUGCCAUGGUUAUAAUAAUAGCCUUUGUUGGAGGAUUGA